UCAUCUUGGCUUUGAGAAGGAAAGAUGUAACUAUUGGAGGUUUUUUAGUAACAUUACCCAUGUGUUUUCCCAAGAUUGUUGCAGAUUGUGUGGCAUCAUACGAUGGCACGUGGCGAUGUCGCGUGAAUUGAAAGCUUAGACCGAUGAUUUGACCUUGACACUUGCUAGUUACAAAACUCUAAGUAAGUGCUCGAAUUACAGGCAGUCCACUGUGCACAAACACUGCUUUUCCAGAUUCUGUUGACCAAUUAUUCCUUGGAACGAGGAUGGCAUAGGCCUUGAGAAAGUGUGAGAAAAUAGAUGUCACCCAUUCUUCAAUAGAAAUAAUGAUGAAAUAAAAAGGCGACUUUUUUCUUGCCAAAAACAACACAUUCUCCGGUCGAUUUAGUCAGUGUUUACAUGAAUACUUACAUCUUUGACUUCUCCGGUGGUCCAUGACGUGUGUAAACGAACUCAAGUAUUUCUUGGGCUGGCUGUGUCAUUGGUUGAUAAGUAAACAAAUAUGGCGGACGAAUUGGAAAAUGUCAGCGUUGGACAUUAUCGAUCGUUAGAUUUCCCUAGAAACCUAGCAUUUCGGGUGAAUUUAAGAAAAGUCACUGCAGCCAGUGCUAUUCCCAUUGCAAGUACAUCGAGGAUAGGAUCGACUGCAGAAAACCUGAGGAAUAUCAAGGAACCCGGUCAAGAAGCUUUUGAGAUGGAACGUAUUGAUAGAAGAAGGAAUAGAGCUAACGUUGAUGAUGAUAAGGAAGAAACGAAAGUGGUUUGGCAGGAAAAACUGUUUAGUCAGCGAGAAGAAGAAUAUUACAGUAUUCGUCAAAAUUGCUCUUCCGUCCUGGGGCAGCAAUAUCAUCGCGUUGUGAUGAAGUUGAGGCAAAAGAACGGAAGACCCAAUAAAAAAAUCUUCACAUACGUCGAUGAAGACGAUUACGCCAACACUGAAGAGUUGUUGAAAACCAUGACGACGAAUCCGAACGAAACACCGCAUUACCUGACGAACAAUAUGGUACACGUUCGUAAAAGAAAUAUCGAUAGAACCGCUGCUAAAACUCGAACAUACGGUCAUCGAGGUUUACGAUCCCACAUUGUCACCGAUGAUCCCAGGGAAGUGGCCAAACAAAACAACCACGUUAUCUCAACUCCGUUCAGAAUAAUGUAUAUUAUGGCGGAUUUGAGUGUGGAUGGCAGAAUUGGUUCCUUAGAAGACGAAUAUAUACUUUGUUCUGUUAAGAUCGAUGGAACGGGUCAAAUCACAAUAAAACCUGACUUAAACCACGGUAAAACACCUUACAGAAUACAGACAUCUGGUGAUUUGAAGGAGGUAUAUGAGUACACUGUGGAGCAUGCUUCCAUUGAAAUGACAAGAGACGAAAAAGAACGUGAGAUAAAGAGUUUUGACGAGCUUUACAACAGACACGCUAUGUACUUGGCGAGUCAAGUUGGAACGGAAUUUCACCCUUUGCCACAAGACGGAGUACUAAAUACGUCCAUUUUUGGUGAAAUUGUGUCUGCGCAAGAUUUUGAGUAUGACGGCUUGUACAUUCACUUUUUGGAACUACCAAAACAUUGGUCUUCGCAAGGAUCUCCACAUCUAUCUGGAGUGACGCAAACGUGUUUCACGAAAUCAACAGAAAAGAACAACAUCGCGCAUUUUUCUUUUCCUUUCGAGUUUCACGUGAGCUAUCAGCCAACGGAAAGAGAAGAUGGGGAUUUCAUUCGUUGGCCAACACUGUUCAUUGAGGUUUUGUCAGUCGACUUAUGGGAAUGUUUUCGCACGGAAGGCUACGGAUACGUCACACUACCGAACAAAGCCGGCAGCCAUGACGUCAUCAUUAAUACGUGGAGGCCAACAGGGAAUGGACUUGUACCAAAGAUGCGUCGUUUCUUUAUCGGUGGAUCACCGGAACUCGAAGAUGCUACUUACGUUAAGCAGCCGGCAGGCAGCGAAAAUAGUAAAGUUUUAAGCAAGUUUGGAUUUAGAGCAGCAACAUCUGGCUGUGUGCGAGUAAAAUUGAACAUUGUACAACAAUGUGGGGGUUUCAUUGACCGUCAAAUGAGGAAGAAAAACGUUCGCACAACGUUUCACGGAACAAGAGGAUUUGGUGUAAUGGAAUCAUUAACACAAGUGUUAGAUGCAUUCAAACGAGCAAGAAAGAGGAUGCAAACAGCUCGUGAAACAUUACCCUCAGUACGAUAGCUCUCCGAUCAUGAAGAGUUCACUACGUCAAAUUCUCCUUAUCGUCUUCGUCAUCGCUUAUCUUGCGAGGCAAAUCAUCCACCGUUGUGUGUUCUUCUGAAGAAGCCAUAGGUGUCUCGACUUCACUGCUAUUUUUGUUCAAACCAACCGCAUCUGUAGAAAAAUGAAUAGUUGAAGGUGAAAAUUGUGUUUUAAGUUGGUCAUUGCACAAAGGACAGAAAAAAAAGUGUUCCAGAAGAGUUUUUCUUUUUUCAACUGGAUAUGCACACGAGUCUGGGAAAUUCAAAAAAUUAUGCCGGAUUGUCAAAAUGUUUAUUGGCAAACAUUUUGUUUUGCAGACACGUGAACACAUGAAAACGAAAAUACAAUCUAUCAUUAUCUAUCAUUACCUAUCAUUAUGUAUCAUUAUCUCUCAAUAUCUUUCAUUAUCUUUCAUUAUCUUUCAUUAUGUAUCAUUAUCUAUCAUUAUUUAUCAUAAUCUAUGAUUAUUUAUCAUAAUCUAUUAUUAUUUAUCAUUAUCUAUAAUUAUCUAUCAUUAUCAUCUGUCAUUACACACCAGUCUUAUCUCCUUUAUGUUUGAAACCAAACUUGGACAGUAAAUUCUUCUUCUUUUUUUUACGACCGUCCGAUUGCUAAAUAAAAUAGCACAUAAUA